UUUCAUCGUGAUUCCAGUUUUCCAGUCCACGUAGUCACGAACAAGUGGCGAUUAAAAGAAUCAAUUUUAAUUGAUUUUAUAUAAGGUGAAAAAAGAAAUCACUUAAUAUCUUGCAAUAAUGUGUACUUCAGUUAGAAACAAGAAGGUAGCAACAAAACAUCAAGUUAUAGAUGUCUUGAAGAAACUAUUUUGUGAUCUGCUGCGAUGCUUCAUCGUACAAUUGCAUGCACUGUUGGAUUUCUUCAUUGACUUCUUCUGUGGUCUUUACUAUGAUAAGAAGGCAAAACGUGUACCUCCAGUUAAAAACGACUUGCUUCUAGACAGUGCUGUGACAUUGGCAGAAAAGAUACGAUCAAGAAAAGUAACUGCUGAAGAAGUUGUGUGUGCUUUUAUUGAAAGAUGUAAAGAAGUGAAUGGUCUGAUUAAUGCAAUAGUGGAGGAGACAUACUCUAAUGCUAUCGAGGAAGCUAAGAAUGUAGAUAAAUUAUUAAACAGUGAAGCGAAUCCUGAAGAAUUAAAAAAAACAAAACCAUUUCUGGGUGUACCAUUUACUACAAAGGAGAGCAAUGAAGUCAAAGGUCUUCUGCACUCUAUGGGAUUAAUUUCCAGACGUAAUCAUCGUUCAGAAAAUGAUGCAACGGUAGUGGCUUAUCUCAAAGAAGCUGGUGGAAUACUUCUGGGUAAAACAAAUGUUCCAGAAUUAAAUUUGUGGUGUGAAAGUAGAAACAACGUGUACGGCCAAACAAACAAUCCGUACAAUACUACGAGAACAGUUGGAGGAAGCAGCGGUGGAGAUGGUGCAAUUGUAGCUGCUUGCGGUGCUCCAUUUUCCAUCUGCAGCGAUAUUGGUGGUUCUGUAAGGAUGCCAGCAUUUUUCAAUGGAGUAUUUGGGUAUAAACCAACUGAAGGUAUCACUCCUUUGAAAGGUGUUGGAUUGCGAUCUGAGGACUAUCCAAAUUCAAUGGCGGAAGUUGGGCCCAUAUGUAAGAAAGCAGAAGAUCUAUUACCGUUUCUUCGUGUCCUAGUUGGACCUAAUAUAACAAAAUUAAAGUUGGAUACUCCUGUGAAUUUGAAAGAUUUGAAUAUAUUUUAUCAAGAGGGUUCAGGAGACAUCAGAGCCAGCAAAGUGAACAGUUCGAUGCGUGCAGCUUUAAUAAGAGCUGUUCGACACUUUGAACGACUUACAGGAUCAGCCUCGAAGAUCAAAAUUCCUGGAUCGGAGUACAGUUAUAGACUAUGGAGAUACUGGAUGAGCCAGGAAAAUAUAAAUUUCAAAUCCAACAUAACAAAUAUGCAAGGUAACACUAGUGCCAAAGCAGAGCUUUUCAAGUUGCUCAAAUGUCAAUCAGAAUUAACACUGGCAGCAAUACUUAAGCUCGUAGACGAGGAUAUUUUGCCAAAGGAAAAUAGCGAAUGGGCAAAAACUGUUACAGCUAACAUGAAGAAAUAUUUGUUGGAAAAAUUGGGAGACAACGGAGUACUUUUUUAUCCCAGUUCACCAUUCUCAGCUGUUUAUCACUAUUCCACUUAUCUAAGACCAUUCAAUUUUGGAUACUGGUGUCUCUUCAAUGUCCUAAGAUUACCAGUGUGUCAGGUACCAAUGGGUUUGGAUGAGAAUGGUCUACCUGUUGGUCUCCAGGUUGUAGCAGCGCCGUAUAACGAUCAUCUUUGCUUAGCUGUAGCCAGAGAGCUUGAAAAUGCAUUUGGUGGCUGGGUUCCACCAUCAUAAUAAAAAAAAGUUUCAGACUUGCAAAGGAUAAAAAUAAUUAACAUAAUUUCAUCGAUCUUAAAUAUUGGUACUUAAUAAUUGUACAAAUACGCAGUAUAUCAUAUAAAUAUUAACUGGCAAGUAGAGAAUACUUAUGACUAGGUAAUAGGACGAUAAUUUUUUUUAUAGUUUUAUAAUUAUUCUUUUUUAUACUAAACUUCAACAAGGUUUGUUAUAGAGAUCACUGGGUAUGUCAGUUUCUACAAAAAAAAUGUCACUUUUAUUCGAUUUUA